CCACUUUCAACUGUGUGGUGGCGCUUCUUUCAGGUAGACGAGACUCUGCCAACGUCAUCGAUCGAAGAAAUUGAUUGUUUAACGCGAAUAGUUUAUCGGUUUAUUUUAAUACAUUGAAGUAUAACUAUAAAGGCGUCAUAAUAAUUUACAACAACAGCGCUUCUUCAAAUAAUUCCUCUAGUCCGCGCUGUUUCGAUUCACAUACUCCAGGUUCCACUUGCUGUUCUAUCGUGCACAUAUUUGGUACUUUAAUUUGAACUUUUCCUCAGACAAAAAAGAAGAAAUGAGUAGCGUUAAUAACGAAUGGCGAUCCGCAGCAGUUAGUACGGGGACCACUAUAAUUGCCGUGCGUUACGAUGGAGGGGUUGUGAUUGGAUCGGACUCGCGAGCCUCGAUGGGAGGUGAGUACGUGUCUUCGAGGGUGAUCAACAAAGUGGUACGGAUCCACGACAAGAUAUUCUGCUGCAUGUCGGGGUCUCUGGCCGACGCCCAGGCCGUCACCAACGCGGUCAUCCACAAGCUCAACUUCCACAGCAUGCAGAUGGGGGAGCCGCCCCUGGUGCAGUCUGCCGCCUCCAUCAUGCGCGAGUUCUGCUACGGCCACCGUGAUGAGCUGAGCGCCGGCUUCAUCGUGGCGGGAUGGGACCGCAAGCGGGGGCCUCAGGUGUUCGAGGUGUCUCUUGGAGGUAUGGUUGUAGAGCAGGAGUUCACAAUCGGAGGUUCAGGAAGCACUUAUAUUUAUGGAUACGUGGAUGCCAAGUUCAAGCCAGAGAUGACCAGGGAACAGUGUCUCACCUUCACCACAAACGCCAUCACACUAGCGAUGGACCGGGACAACGUGAGUGGCGGAGUGGUCCACCUCGCCGUGGUAACGGAGUCGGGCGCCGAGAGACAGCUGAUCCCUGGCAACAAACUGCCCUUCUUCAAUCGCAUAUAAUGCUUGUCAUUAAAAAAACCCACCAAUGAAAUGAGAUUUUUGCAAGGUGUGUCCACCUUCCGCUGAGGCUGGAGGUGUGUUUGGAGAAGGCUGCAUCUUUGUUUUAAAAUAAAAGAAUAAUGACACUGUUAAAAUAAAAUGUUGAAAGACA